GCUUGUGAUUGAGAGAAGUGAUCAAAAUUUAGAUUCGAAAUCUUCCGGGCCGAUUCGAAAUCCACAGGAGAAGAAUGAGAUGCAUGUGGGGAAUUCGACGCUAGACGAAAUGGAUGGCUCGUCGAUGCUUAUUGCUUGACAAUGCCGACAAACAUUCCUAUUGGACCGGAAUCGAUGGUCYUCUCCACCAUGGGUUUUGGMUAUGAGAGAAUGAAAACAGCUGCAUUCAGUUCGUCUAGCUCGUUAUACUUUAAGAGAGAGAAAAACAACACCAGUCUGGAUCCCGAACGAGCGAUGACGAURYUCSUUGGCAAUGGCGGAGCGCAGCCUCGUGGUGGACGUCGAGGCAAGAGCCAACCGCUUCUGAGACAUGUUUUGUUCCCUUCUAGAAGUCCUCCCAAACGGAUGCCAGAGGCYCCGAAGGUUGGGAAGGRGAUUCUCGCGUUGACCRACGACCUGUCGCUUUCGAAUCCAACCAACGCCUCGCCUGCGAGCGGCACCGCUGUGAGGAGCCUGGAGAAGCGCUCCCGCGGCCAGACCCUGCACAAGCGCAGCCGCUGCGUCUUUGUUUCGAACCACUCGAAAACCAAGCCCCCGUCGUCCUGCUCGUCGCCCUCGAAAACCGAGUACGGUACGAAGACCACCCGGGUCCGAAAGCACUGCCGCCGCCGCCGCAAUCUAGCCCUGAACGGGAUGGACUUUGARGUCUUGUUGCGUGGGCGUUAGUCACCCCGACAAAAAACCAACGAUGGAAUAGAAACCGACGCAUUGUCUCUUGGAGCGAAUAGACUCUUUAUGUUGC